AACCACACGCAGGCGAACCGUGCCAAAAGUGUCCAGACAAAGCGACUCUCUCCGGAUCUCCACUGCGCGCGGCUGAAAACGAAAAAAGCGACACUCCAACACGCGAAAUCACGAAGCAAGAAGACGCGUUUCUCUCGUUUUGAGUUCCACGCCCCGGAGAAGUGUUUUGGGACGAUACGUGGUUCGUUUUGAGAUGGGCAUUGGGUGCUUGAGCGUUGCAGACUCCUACUUCUCCACCACCACCACGCUUCGGCUUUGACAGAAAUGCGCGGCUCGUUUUGUUUCCCUGUGUUGUAACGGGCAUAGCAUGGCAGGGGUACACGCUUCGGACGCCUUAUCGCCAACGGGGCACGUUUCAGAUCCUUUUGCUCAGGGUGCGACGGGUGCAGGGACUGCCACGGCGGCGAUGGCAGCUGCGGAGACGGCCCCGGUCCCUCUCACCGGAGCCCGGGUUUAUCUGGACGCUUCAUCCGCUGCGCAAGGCUACGGAACCGGGCAAGGAGUGUUCACCAACGGCCGCUACCGGGAGGGGGGCAGCCGAGAGAGCUCCGCCGAGAGAGGCACCUCCGCCGCGGCUGCUGGGAACGUACCCUGCGGCAUCAUGAAGGAUGGCUCCAAAAGGAAAGAGGUGCGAAAAAAGACAGUCUCCUUCAGCUCGAUGCCUAGCGAUCGCAAAAUCAACAGUACGGCGGCGUGUAUGGCCUUCAUGAUGGAGGGAUGCGAAAUGAAAAAAGUCCGAUCCAACUCCCGCAUGUACAACCGCUACUUCCUCCUCGACCCUGACAUGCGCUGGUUACGGUGGGAACCCUCUAAAAAAGACUCGGAAAAAGCCAAACUGGAAAUCAAAAGCAUUAAGGAAGUUCGAUUGGGGAAGAAAACGCCAGUCCUUCGUAGCAAUGGACUCUCUGACCAGUUUCCAGAUGAAUGCGCGUUCUCGAUUAUCUACGGCGACAAUUACGAGUCUUUAGAUUUGGUUGCAAGCACCGCAGAUGUGGUUAGCACUUGGGUAAUGGGGUUGAGGUAUCUAGUAUCUUACGGUAGGCAUACUGUUAACAUGGUUGAACCUAACCAACCAAGUUUGCGUACAUCUUGGAUCGGGUCUGUUUUCGAACUAGCUGAUACCGACAAAGAAGGACACAUAGACUUGUUCAGGGCGACGCAGAUCAUAAAGGGACUAAACCCGGGCAUGAAAGAAGCGCUAAUCGAGCUAAAAUUCAAGGAGCUACAAAAAGCAAAAGACCAGUACGGCGAAGCUAUCAACAUGGAUACAUUCGUUGAGGCAUACUGCGAGUUGUGUACGAGACCGGAGAUAUUCUUUUUGAUGGUGCAGUUCUCAAGCAACAAGGAAUACCUGGAUAGCAAAGACCUGAUGCUUUUUGUCGAGGUUGAGCAAGGAGUGGAAGGCGUGAAUGAAGAACUGUGUAGAGAAAUCGUACAAAAGUUUGAACCAUCAUCGGAAGGAAGAGAGCGCGGAUAUCUCUCCAUUGACGGUUUCACGCACUACCUCUUAUCGUCCGAAUGCCACAUUUUUGACCCCCAACACAAGCGGGUAUGCCAGGAUAUGACUCAACCGCUGUCGCACUACUAUAUCAACUCCUCCCACAACGCAUCGCUUCUCGAAGACCAUUUUUGGGGGUCUUCGGAUAUUAGCAGCUAUAUCCGAGCUUUGCGAAUGGGUUGUAGGAGCAUUGAGGUGAUCGUGUGGAACGGCCCCGACAACGAACCCGUGGUCUACGUAGGAAGUUCCGUUGCUUCUCAGCUGGCGUUCUCAAAAAUCCUAGAUAUUAUAAACCAAUAUGCAUUUGAAAGCUCAGAAUAUCCGCUAAUUCUCUGCUUGGUGACACAUUGCUCUAUUCCUCAACAAAGAGUCAUGGCGCAACACAUAAAAAAGAUACUUGGGGAUAAACUAUACCUCCAAAUGCCAAGCAAAGACGAGAAUUACCUACCAUCGCCUGAAAAACUGAAAGGCAAAAUUCUUAUUAAGGGUAAAAAGCUGCCCCCUAGCUGCCCGGAUAGCGAAGGAGAUGUUACAGAUGAGGAAGAAGGGCUAGAAAUGUCCAGAAGAGUCGGCGUAGACGACAAAGAUCAGCUUAACGGGUUGGGAUUCAAAAGACUUAGACUUUGCCGGGAGCUUUCCGAUCUUGUAACUCUUUGCAAGUCCAUUCAGUUCAGGGAUUUUGACAUUUCCAAACGGGAGCAAAAAUACUGGGAAAUCUGCUCCUUCAACGAGGUGGAUGCUAACCGUUUUGCGAAUGAAUUCCCAGAGGAGUUUGUGUGUUACAAUAAGCGUUUUCUGUCCCGUGUUUAUCCCACUCCAAUGCGAAUCGACGCCAGUAAUAUGAACCCUCAGGAUUUUUGGAAAUGCGGUUGCCAGAUAGUCGCGAUGAACUAUCAAACUCCAGGACUGAUGAUGGAUCUGAACUUGGGCUGGUUCAGGCAAAACGGGAACUGCGGGUAUGUUUUGAGACCAGCUAUCAUGAGAGAGGAGGUGUCUUACUUCAGUGCCAAUGCAAGGGACUCGCUUCCAGGAGUUUCUGCACAACUUCUUCAUAUAAAAGUCAUCAGCGGACAAAACUUACCCAAACCACGUGGAUCUGCUGCGAAAGGAGAUGUGGUAGAGCCAUACAUAUAUGUCGAAAUACACGGCAUCCCGGCUGAUUGCGCUGAACAAAGAACCAAAACAGUUUCGCAAAAUGGCGACAAUCCAAUUUUCGACGAAAGUUUUGAGUUUCAGAUCAACUUACCCGAACUGGCCGUGCUGAGAUUUGUAGUUCUUGACGAUGACUACAUUGGAGAUGAGUUCAUUGGGCAAUACACUAUCCCAUUCGAAUGCCUGCAACCUGGAUAUAGGCACGUCCCACUCCAGUCGCUGACGGGGGAGUUUCUGGCCAAUACGACUCUGUUUGUCCACGUCGCCAUCACGAAUAGAAGAGGAGGUGGAAAGGCGCAUAAGAGGGGGAUCUCGGUGAGGAAAGGGAGGAAAGCAAGAGAGUACACCACCACCAAAACUACAGGGAUCAAAGUCGUGGAUGAGCUGUUCAGAGCAUCGACGCAGCCCCUGAGAGAAGCCACGGACCUCAGAGAAAAUGUACAGAAUGCCAUGGUGUCGUUCAAAGAGCUGUGUGGCCUGACCCCUGCUGCCAACAUGAAGCAGUGCAUCCUGACCGUGUCCACGUGGCUCAUGAACAGUGAGCGCUCUCUGCGGGUCACUGUGGACCUGAGCGCGCCCUAUCCCGCAAUGCAGGCCCAGGGGCCAGUGCCAGAGCUGCUGCGCAAGGUCCUCAAUGCAUAUGACAUGAUGAUCCAGACCAGCAGGACCCUGAUAGAGUCUGCAGACCUGGUCUACUCCAAACUCACACAAGCACAACGCGCAGGUCUGGAUUUCCACGAAGACCUCCACCGGAUCGGAGCGAAAGAGGGUUUGAAGGGUCGGAAACUGCAGAAGGCCCUGGAGAGCUACGCCUGGAACAUCACAGUACUCAAGGGCCAGGCCGACCUCCUGAAACACGCCAAGAGCGAAGCGCUGGACACUCUCCGUCAGAUCCACUGCGCGGCGCAGUCGUGCGGUCUGAGCAAGAACGGCACCGCAUCCCCACAGCUGCCCCACCACCACCACCACCACCCCCCCCUCCACCAAAAUCUAUCCCUAAACCUGCCCCAAAACACGCCCCAAAGCCUGCCAACUACCCCCAUAGCGCCCCAGCCCCUCCUGACCCCCGAGCUACCCCAGCAACCCCCCGUCCAACCGGCCCUCUCCAUGCAAAACCCCAAGGUCCACCCGCAGCCUCCGCCGCCCCCUCUGCUCCAGUAUCAGCCCCAGAUUCAGAGCACCACCCUGGCUUACAUCCCCACGGCGCCCCCCUCCAUGGUCCAGCCCCUCCCGGUCAAACCACCAGCCUACCCGCAACCGCCGACACUACCACAGUAUCACCAGCAGAGGGCGGCGGACGCGAUACCGGAGAAGGACGGCGCCGCGACGAUUGUGGGGCAAACGGUGGGGCAAUGCUGACCUGCAGCCUGCGCCCACAGAGCCGCCCGCCCAGAGGAAGCAGACAAACAGGAAGUAGAAAAUAGGAAACAGGAAGUAGAGGGGGAAGGACAGGAAGUGGUACCAGUGAGGAGGACCAGACGAGCUCGGAGUGAGACGCAGGUUUAAAAAUACUGGUAUAAAAGGACAGUACGAGAUUUGAAAGAGAUGGGUAGAUAUUGAGGCUGACGUAAAAAAGAAGUUGUUCUGCUAAAAUAAGUUAAAAGAAAAUAAAUAUAAAAUAACAGGACAAAAGUAGAAAAUAUUGAUUUGUUUAAAAAAAAUUUAAGUCCAAUAUUUAUUAUUAUUAUUACUGGGCAAUUGGAUUAAUCAAUGACUAUAUGUGUUUUCACUGGUACUUAAUUUCUAUUGCUAUGGUAAAAGUUGCCAUGGUAAUUUUAUUCUA